GGCUCGGGUGGCUCCGCGUCCGGCGGCGCCUGCCAAGUCGCGGGAGCUCGUCGGGGCCGCGGCUCAUGAUGGUGCGCAGUGGCAAAAACGGUGAGCUUCACCUCAAGCAGAUUGCCUAUUACAAACGAACUGGUGAAUAUCAUCCAACUACACUGUCGAGUGAAAGAAGUGGCAUAAGAAGAGCAGCUAAAAAAUUUGUCUUCAAAGAAAAAAAGUUGUUUUAUGUUGGAAAAGACAGAAAACAAAGUCGUUUAGUUAUUGUCUCAGAAGAAGAAAAAAGCAAAGUCCUGAGAGAAUGCCACGAAAAUGACACUGGACCCCAUCAUGGCAUAUCCAGAACUCUGACCCUAGUGGAAUCCAGUUACUAUUGGACCUCCGUGACCAAUGAUGUCAAACAGUGGGUGUAUGCUUGUCAGCAGUGCCAAGUGUCCAAAAAUGCCAUUGUCCUAGCACCAGAACAGCACCUUCUCAAGGCGGAGGCGCCAUGGAGUGUAGUUGCUGUGGAUCUAAUGGGCCCGUUUCACAUAAGCAGCAGAAGUCACAUGUACACUCUGAUCAUGACAGACUUAUUCACAAAAUGGGUUGUGAUUUUGCCUCUAUGUGAUGUUUCCACGGCAGAAAUUUCUAAAGCCAUUAUCAACAUACUUUUCUUAUAUGGACUUCCUCAGAAAGUAAUCAUGGACCAAAGAGAUGAGUUCAUUCAUCAGAUCAACGUCGAGCUGUGUGGAUUAUUUGGUACAAAACAGAUUGUAAUUUCUCAAGCCACUCAAACUGUGAAUCCAGCGGAGAGUACCCCAGGCGCGAUCAAAGCAUUUCUUUCCAAGCACUGUGCAGAGUACCCUGACAGCUGGGAUGACCACCUGGCGGCCGUCUCCUUUGCCUUCAAUGUGACUCACUCGGAACCUACUAAAAACACGCCGUAUUUUCAAAUGUUUAACCGAAACCCUCUCAUGCCUGAGGCCUCAGGUGUUCUUCAGAAAGUGGAUGGUGAUAACAGGAGCAUGUUCGACAAAAUCCUGUGUGCAGUUAAAGAAGCUGACACUGCCGAGGAGCCGAGGACAGCUGCAGUGGGCCAGAUAGAAAAAAGCAAUUUAGAAGAAGUAAACAAAAGCAAGAUUGUUGUUAAAAAGAAGCCAAAGCUACUAAAUCCUUUUCAACUCAAAGUGGGCCAUGAAGUUUUAAGACAGAGGAAAAAUUGGUGGAAGGACGGUCGUUUCCAGUCGGAAUGGGUUGGCCCCUGUGUCAUUGACUGUAUCACAGAAGGUGGCUGUGCGGUUCUAAGGGACAGCUCUGGAGCGAGACUGAAAAGACCCAUCAAGAUGUCCCACCUGAAGCCCUACGUGAGAGAGUCCAGUGAGCCCGAGAGUCUUUUUCUGUUACAAGGUUCUGUAGUGACUGAUCACGACUACUUUGGAUUUCCUGAGGUUCCAGUUGGAGCAUAUCAAGCCAACAUUCUGGUUGAAGAUGCAACUAUUGGUGUAGUUGAUAAUGAAAUACUAACACCAAACAAGGACCGUGAACUACUAGAAUAUAGGAAUGCCAAAAUCUCUCCAUUGAUAGGUCACAGUACUCUUGAAAAACAGACUUUUAAUCUUUUGGACUCCUCAAAUCAAGUUCUUGAGUACUUAAGUUAGUAAAUACCAAAUUCACUUAAAGUGCUGUUAAAACAGAAAACUUGAAUCUUGAUGUCUUUUUCAUUACAAAAAGUUGUCUUGAAGUGUAUAUUGUUAAUCUGUUAAUGACUGAAUCCUGAAGACUCGCUGCAUUUGAAACUAUAGGUACAUAAAAACAAAGGAAGCAUAUAAUCUAUAAAAUCUGUCUUUUCAUAUUCUAAUAUAGGCACUCGCUUCUUAGGAAGUAAAAUAAAUUCCUGCUCACAAUUCUGAAAUGUUUGGCAUCAGUACCAUGUUUUCAGUUUUAAUUUUUCUACAAUAGUUUCCUCUUUUAAAAAAUAAGUUUGAACUACCAAUGAUGAGAUUAAUAAAUAUUUAUUUAACUUAAUUUAUAAAUUGUGUGAAACUUCUUUUAGUGUCCUUAUAAUUUUCUGAAAUAAAGUUGUAGGGGAAAGUUCAAAUUGAAUGGCUUCUUUUAGGAUCGUGAUAUAU